GGCCCGGCCCACUUCCUCUUCUUCAUGAGUUAGUUGAUUACACGAAAGAUUGAAACCCUAAAUAAAAUACACAGUUUCUUCAACAAUCUGAAAAUCACUCCAAAAUGGAUACCACACCCAAAAUCAAGAAAACCCCUCAGCAGCAGGCUUCCAUGGAUCAGCAAUCGACUCAGUCUGGAGCAGUGGUUGGUUCAAACGAUACCCUUUUAACCGAUAUCCUUCUCCGGCUUCCUGUUACCUCCAUCCUUCGCUUCAAAUCUGUUUCCAAACACUGGUAUUCACUUUUGGGCCAGAAACAUUUCACCCACCGGUAUGAUACCCAUUCAAAAUCUCCUGGUGUUUUCGCUCGCGAUAAAUACAUUCCCUUUGAUGCUGAAGAUCCAAACACUCCCCCUGUUGAUACUCUCAGUUCCUACAUUGACUCCUUUACCUCUGUCAGAGUCUUACAAUCUUGUAACGGGUUACUCCUUUGCUGCACUGAUCAAUGGCCCAAAAUUCGCAAAAGUGGUCAUAAGUAUUAUGUGUUCAAUCCCACCACCAAGCAGUUAGCACUCAUCCCGUCGGUCCUCGGCGGUCUCAAAGCUCGUAAAACUAUCCGUUUUAUGGGUCUGGCAUUUCAUCAAACAGAUUGUGCUCAUUACAAAGUUGUUUGUAUUCGUAAUGUAUUGAGUUAUGUGGAAUCGUAUCAGGUUCAAGUCUACUCGUCUGAUACAAGGGAAUGGAAGAUAUCGACCGAGUCUUUCUCUGCGACUAAACCCGUUUUCUUCGGUCAGGGGGUUUACUGGAAGGGAGCUGUUUAUUGGGCUCCUUAUUAUGAAAAUAGCGACCACUUGUACUUUAAAAUAGAUGCCGAACAGGCGGAACAACAGCUGGGAACGUUACCCUUGCCUGUUGGCUUGACGUCUUCGAAAAUAAUGACAAUGUACUUUGGAGAAUCUAGAGGUCAUCUGCAUUUAAUACUACACAUGGAUCGCGGAGACGAUAGUUUACUUCUGAAUGUGUAUGAGAUGUUGAGCGAUCAUUCCGGGUGGUUUGUCAAGUAUCAAGUGCAGCUUGGCGAGCUUCUGGGUGCUUUCCCGGAGAUGGUGUCUGAGGACCGUUAUGAUUUCAAAGUCAUUGAUGUGGUUAGAGGCGAAGAAGAAGGGGAUUCGUUUGUGGUGCUGAAAACUUCCAAAAGGAUUAUAACAUACAACGUUCAUGACAAGAGUUUUAAACUGGUGCUUAGUUUCGCCGGGCACUCUUAUGAGGGUAGUUUGGUUUUUCAUCGUUACACCGAAACCUUGUCUUUAUUUUAAAAGAUAAUUCGGUUUGUUUAUGUCUGGUAUGAUCAAAUGAGAGGGUUUAGUGAAGUUUUGUGUUUGUUGAAAACUUUGUUUAUCAUGAAAUGGAAAUUGAAAUGGAAAUGCAUUUGCUUGCAAAUUUAUUUUA